AAGAGUGGACCAUAACAAGGUAAGAAAAAGGCGAAUUCCUAUGUCAUGGAUGAUGGUGGAUCUGCACUCUGAAUCACUGUGGAAAAAGCGCAAUCAUCAUCAUCAUUUCCAUUUCUCAUUUUUCCAAUUCCCAAUUUGUUUUCUCCCAUUUUGAAUUCUUGAAACAGACAAAAAAAACCUGUGAUGAAAUUAUUGAAUUGACGAUUUCUCAGCCCAUCAAUGGCAAUUUUCCUAGGUUUUUGGCACCCACGAACGCAGGCACCUUUAUUGCACAUAUAUAAUAAUGCAAUGUAUAUGUGUAAGUGAAGAUCCCACCUUUUUUCCCCCCUAAUCUGCAUGUGUGUUUGUGGUUUUUGCCAUUUUUUCUUCCCUUUUCAUUGUCCCUCUCCUCAAUUUGGGGAAUCCUAGGUUUCUCUGUUUAAAAAUUUCGACUUUUUUUUAGCCCUUUGAAAGGAUUGAUUCAGUUUCUCUCUGAACCCGGGAAAAGGAAGAUAUGCAAUUAUACAUGCAGAUGUAUGUAUUAAUGAAUGAAUAGCUACAUUCUUCAACUUUUCCUUGGGAAAAAAACUCAAUAACCCAGAAUGUGGAAGCAAAUUCUUGGUAAAUUGCCUCGAAAGCCUCCGAAAUCGGAGUCUGAUCCUCCAAGAAACACUAACCCGGGGCCGAAUUCGUCAUCUGCUGGCGGGCCUGCUGCUAAAAGAGCAGCUUCGGCUGCAGUCUUUCCGGCCAGUGUGAUUGCUGGAAUCGAGCCGUUGCUCGCCUUCAAGGAUGUCCCGAGCUCAGAAAAGAUGAAUCUUUUCAUAAGUAAGCUGAGUCUCUGCUGUGUAGUGUUUGAUUUCACUGAUCCCAUGAAGAAUGUUCAAGAAAAGGAGCUUAAACGAGCCACAUUGCUUGAGCUGCUUGAUUUUGUAUCGCAGAACCCCCCGAAAUUCACAGAGCCCGCGAUUUUAGCAUCCUGCAAGAUGUGUUCCGUCAACUUGUUUCGUGUUUUCCCACCAAGUACGCGGUCUAGUAGCUCGAGUUCAGGUGAGAAUGAUAAUGAUGACGAGCCAACAUUUGAUCCGGCCUGGUCGCACUUGCAGAUAGUGUAUGAUUUCCUGCUCAAGCUUGUAACUUCGCCCUCUUUGGAAACUAAAGUCGCCAAGAAGUAUAUAAAUUACGCCUUUAUUCUGAGAAUCAUUGACUUGUUUGAUUCAGAGGAUCCCCGGGAAAGGGACUGUUUGAAGGCAAUUCUCCACAGGGUAUAUGGGAAGUUUAUGGUUCAUCGGCCAUUUAUAAGGAAGUGUAUGAGCAGUGUGUUCUAUAGGUUCGUAUUUGAGACGGAGAAACAUAAUGGGAUUGCAGAGUUGUUGGAGAUUUUUGGGAGUGUGAUCACCGGAUUCGCUCUGCCUCUAAAAGAGGAACACAAGAUAUUUCUUUCGAGGGCACUGAUUCCUCUGCACAAGCCAAAGUCAUUGGGGAUUUACUUUCAGCAGCUAUCAUAUUGUGUGAGUCAGUUUAUUGAGAAGGAGCCGAAGCUGGCUAGUUGCGUGAUUACAGGGCUUUUGAAAUAUUGGCCCGUCACGAAUAGCCAAAAGGAGGUCAUGUUUUUGGGUCAGUUGGAGGAGAUUCUUGAAAUAAUUAAUAUGGCAGAGUUUCAAAAGGUCAUGGUUCCAUUGUUUUGGCGUCUUGGGCACUGCAUCAAUAACUACCAUUUUCAGGUAGCCGAAAGAGCUCUUUUCCUGUGGAACAACGAUCAAGUCGUGAACCUAAUAGCACACAACCGGCAAGUUAUAGUGCCAAUAAUUUUCCCAGCUUUGGAACAAAACUCAGAGCACCACUGGAACCAGGCCGUCCUGAACUUGACUCUAAACGUGAAAAGAAUGCUGGCUGAGAUGGACGACACGCUGAUUGUGGCCUGCAUUGCAAAUUACAAGGAGGACCAAGCGCGUAAAAAGUCAGAGGUGGAGAGACGGAAGAAAGUGUGGGAGCGACUGGAGAAUGCCGCGAGUCUCCAACCGGUGACGGGUAGGACUCCAGUUCUGGUAAGCUUAGUGUAGAGUGGGUUGAUGAUUCUAUUUGCCUUGGGGGUUUUUGUGGUCGGGGAAACCAGAAGGAGCCGCGUCGGAAUUGGUAAGGACGCCCAGCCUGUUGUUGUUACAAACCCUAAUCUGAAUGCUGCUGAUGCUGCUCUGUUUCUCUAUCUUUAUCUCUAUUCUCCCCAGAAGGGUCUCUGCCUUAGUAUUUUUACUAAACUAACUGUUGUUUGUUAGUCUCUCUCUUUUAUUUUUUUAUUUCUCUCUCUUUUCUCUCUCAUUUGUCUCUUGUUUUCCUACCCUUUUUUGGCCAACUUAAUUAGUAUAAUUAUUAUCUUGCAUCUC